UUCGAUGCCGCACAAGUAAACAUCAAAAGAUCAAACGGACAACUUUAGUGUACUUUGCAAAGCCAGCGACGAGAAGAUUAUCACUUUAUUAGAUCAGAAGAAAGACUAAUCGCAACGCGUAAGCUCUGUUCGUAAGAAAUUAUGGGCUGUGGCAACAGUAGGUCGGCUACUGCGGUUGUCGCGUCGACGGCGCCACAAGGGAAACCUGGUCUCUCGUCCGAGACGAAUAACAAUCAAACUGAAGGUCAAAAUCGCAAAAUCUCGCCGCAAAAUGAAGACGGCGCAAAAGACCCAGGAACAGCUGGGAAGCCAGCUGCGGACGAACGGGAGGGUCCCAUCGGCGAGGAGGCGGUCGAAAAGUUUAGCGAUCCGGAGGCGAGUCCCAGUGAUGCGCCCGAAAGCAGCCAGCAGGCAAACCACGUUGAGUCUAUUGAUAAUGAUGCUAACGAACAGACAACUUCGGAAAACGUCGAGGCAACCUCGGCGACAGACGGGAAGCCGUCGGAAGAGACCAAACCUUCGGAGGAAAAUGCAAACCCUACCGAGGAAGACGCGGCAAAAGAUUCGGAAGAUGGGAAACCUUCGGAAGACGGAAAACCUUCGGAAGAUGGAAAACCAGCAGAAGGGGACACGGAAAAGCCUUCGGAAGAGGACGUAAAGCCCGCGGAAAAUUCAGCAGGAAACGAUGCACCUGCACAAGAUGAAGUAAAAGACGACGAUAAUGCCGCUGAUAAUAAUGGAAGCGGCGAAGCUCAGGCGGAAAAGGAUGAAAGUCAAGUGGAAGAUUCGGCCAAAGCGCCUGAGGAAUGCGAAAAUACCGACACUGGUACCGCUGGGGCUGAAACAUCUGAACAAGCAAAUGCAGAUGCAUCAAAACCUGAGGAAGAGGCGGCAACUCCUGCGGAAGCACAGCCAGAAGAAACUGAAAAAGGGACUGAGGAAGAGUCAGCAGCUGAGCCUGCAAAUGAACAAAACUCCGAGCCAGCAGCCGAUGAACCUGCGGCCGAAGAAGGGUCUGGGGAGUAGGGCUAUCUUAUUGCAAAACUACUAUUGAAUUAAAUGGCAUUAUAGCCAGGCACGAACUAUUUGUAAAUACGCAUAUUCUAGUUAAAUAUUGUAUACAGCAUUCAAAGACCAUGUAAAGGUUCACUAUCAUUUUGUACGCUAUAAACAUUGCAUCAAUGUGUAAAUUAAUUGCGAGAAAACAUUACCUAUAUUCACAAUAAAAAACUCACUUUUUC